AUGGCGGAUAAGUUCAUCAUCGCCCAUGCAGGAGCAAAGAAAGCGGAAGCAAGAGUCAACGAUAUUUUCGUCAUCAGGCAAACCGCAGGAGAAGAACUCAGGGACAUCCUAGCUAGGUUCAACAGGGUAAGGAUGAGUCUGCCAAAUGUAUCGGAAGAAAUAGUGUACGCAUUGGAGAAGCUGGGUACCAAGGUGCAGUGGCCGCAGAAGAAGAAAUCAGACCCUACCACAAGGAAGUCAAACGUCCUAUGUGAGUUCUAUCAGGAACAAGGACACAAAACUGAGGACUGCAUAGGCCUACGGCAAGAGGUGGUCAGGAUGCUGAAUCAAGGAUACCUGAAGGAACUACUCAGCGACAAAGGGAAAACCAACUUCAUACGCGGGCGGGAACAACCACAGGUGCCGCCGAAGCCACCUUCCCCAGCACGCACCAUAAACAUGAUUGUUGGAAGUGGCGAUGACUCAGCAAUCAAUCACAUCAAGUUCACCACCACGCACAAAUUAAAGCGAACAAUUGCCCAUGAACGGUAUGACGACUUCGAAGAUAGUAUCACCUUCGAUAAGUCUGAUGUCGACGGUUUGUCUUUCCCUCAUUAUGAUGCUUUGGUUAUAACUUUACGGGCCGCUGAUACUGAUGUUAAAAGAAUCAUGGUUGACGAUGGAAGUGGCACCUGUAUUAUCCAUCCGAGGGUCCUCGUGCAAAUAAGACUCGAAGAUAAGAUAAUACCGCAUUGCAUAACACUACUAGAUUUCAAUAAUGUAGUGGAACGGACCUCCGGGGAGAUAUCAUUGCCUGUUUUAGCUGGAGGAGUCACGCUGGAAACAACUUUCCACGUGAUGAACCAGGAGAUAGCUUACAAUGCCAUCAUAGGACGCCCUUGGAUACAUGCCAUGUGA